AUGGGGGCCGUGACCUAUGCAGAUGGAAUAGCUAUCCUCCAGCUCAUCAUAUUCCCUUUCAUUCUUGUCGCCUCCCUCUUUAUCUGGAAGCGGACAGGCUGGAGAGUCGGCGCCAAAAUCUGGCGAUAUCCCUUCAUGCUCUCUCUCAUUCGACUUGCUGGCAGUAUUGCUACAUUAAUUUCGAUCGAUCAUGAUUCGAAGCAGGUCAGGAUUGCCAUGUUCGUGUGCCAGCUUAUUGGUAUUGCGCCUCUGCUGCUAGCUUAUGUUGGAAUUUUGAGAUUAAUUGAUUUGGAGAAAAAGAUUCCUCAUCGUCCUCUCCUACUGGUAACUGUUAUGGGCAUUGUCGGUUUAAUCCUUGGUAUCGUCGGAGUCAGUACUGCCGACACGACAAAUGGUUACACUCCAGGCGCGCUCCCCAAAGUAGCCAUGGGUCUCUUUCUCGCCAUAUAUGUCAUCGUCAUGCUCCUUACUGCUUGGCUAUUCUUCACAUACUCCUUCUCCAUGCGGAAGUAUCAGAAGAGGUUGUUCCUUGCCAUUGUUCUGUCUGCUCCCUUCUUGUUGGUUCGGUUGAUCUACGCGGCUCUCGGCGAUUACAGCUCUAACACGACUUUUUCAAUGAUGUCAUUGGCCGAGGACAACAAUACCAGCCUCACUGCCUACUUGUGCAUGGCUGUUCUGGAGGAGAUCAUCUCUAUGGUUAUCGCCAUGGCCUUCGGUGUAUCGGCUGUUCUGCAGGCAGACUAUGUGAAGCCUACUCGGGAAGGACACCUGGAGGUGAAGCCUGAUAAUGUGUGA